AUGGACGUAUAUGUCCAGAUCACGGGCCUGGACUCAGGAAAGAUGCGCGGAGUCAAGGCGCUACUCGACAGUGGCUGCAGUACCUGCUGCAUUGAUACCGACUACGCGCAGGCAGAGAAGCUGGAUAUCCAAGAGCUUCCACAACCCAUCAUGGCUUGUAACGCUGACAACACCGAGAACAUCAGUGGCCGGAUCACGCAUUACGUUGACUUAAGGAUGAGAAUCGGCCCUCAUGUGGAGACAUGCACGUUCCUUCUGACGUGA